CCCACUGUAGAUCACAGAGUUUACUGAAUUGACGUCUGUGCUUUUAUUACACCUGUGAUAUGCCCUGAGGCAGCAGGUUGAGAGAAUGGAUCAACUCUCUGGUGUGUCUGUUUCCUCUGCGUGGCUGUGGCUGGACAGCCGCGGUCUGAUCGUCUUCACUCUGGUCUUCUUGGUGACAGCAGAGUAUCUAAGGAACCGUCGGCCCAGCAACUUUCCACCAGGACCCACGGCAUUUCCUCUUGUGGGGAACAUGUUCUCUUUGGACUUCAACAAUGCCUACAGAGAACUGACUAAGUUAACAGAGACGUAUGGAAAUGUGUACAGCCUCAAAAUGGGGCGCUCAUGGACGGUGGUAUUGAAUGGCCUCAACGCCCUGCAGGAGGGUCUUCUCACAAAAGGAGACAUCCUGGCUGACCGCCCAAUAUUUCCAAUCCAUGUUGAUGUGCUCCCUGAACUGGGUAUUAUUUUUACUAAUGGACAUAUGUGGAAACAGCAAAGACGAUUUGCCCUCUUCACUCUCAAAUACUUUGGAGUUGGCAAGAAAUCCCUGGAAUUUUCUAUAUUGGAUGAAUUUAUUUACUUGUCCAAAGAAAUUGCAAAUCAUAAAGGCAAACCUUUCAAUCCACACUUCAUCAUCAACAAAGCUGUUUCCAACAUCAUCUGCUCCCUGAUUUUUGGUCAUCGCUAUGAGUACAGUGAUGAGAAGUUUCUGAAAAUGAUGAAUUUGAUUGACAGAGGGACCCAAAUUGAAGGCUCCAUUUGGUCACAGCUGUACAACGCUUUUCCCGUGCUGAUGAGACGUUUGCCAGGCCCCCACCACACUCUUCAAAAAACCUAUGGUGAAAUAAUAGAGUUAAUGAAAACAGAAGUCGAUCAGCACAAGGAAGACUGGGACCCGUCUGAGCCCAGAGACUAUAUCGACUGUUACCUGAGUGAGAUUCAGAGGAUGAAGAAGGAUGAUGAGGUGGAUGCUGGUUUUCAUGAGGAUAACUUGGUGAUGUGUUCAUUUGAUCUGUUUGGGGCUGGUACUGAGACGACAUCCACCACCCUGCGCUGGGCUUUCCUCUACAUGGCAAAGUACACCGAGAUUCAGGAAAAAGUGCAGGCUGAGAUAGACAGAGUGAUUGGACAGUCCAGACAGCCAUCCAUGGAGGACCGUGCUAACCUGCCCUACACUGUAGCUGUCAUCCACGAGAUCCAGAGGAUGGGGAACAUAGUUCCUCUCAGCCUGCCUCAUAUCGUCAGCAGAGACGUCCAACUGGGAGGCUACACAAUCCCAAAGGGUGUUAUAAUAAUUCCCAAUUUGACCUCGGUGCUAUUUGAGAAGGACCAGUGGGAAACACCCUACUCCUUUAAUCCAGGACACUUUUUAAAUGAGGAGGGCAAAUUUGUGAAGAGAGCUGCUUUCAUCCCUUUCUCUGCUGGCAAGCGGAUUUGUCUUGGGGAGAAACUGGCCAGGAUGGAGCUCUUCCUCUUCUUCACGUCUUUAAUGCAGCGCUUCACCUUCUCCAUGCCACCCGGGGUGGAACCUCAGCUAGAGCCCCGCAUUAGCGUCAUUCUUUCCCCCCGCGAAUAUGAAAUCUGUGCCACACUACGCGAAGUGUGAUACCCCCCACACAUACAAGCUUUCCGUCAUUUCUUAGAUGUAUUCAGAUUCAUUAAACUGAGUGAAGUGUCAUGGUUUUAUUUGUGGCCUAGUGUUCAUCUUAGAGCUGCAGAGAUAUGUUUGGCCACUCGGGGGCAGUAGUAGUCAACAGCAAGCUGACCAACACAGAUUUGAAGAGGGCCGACAUCAGUACUACAUGGUGAUAAGAAUAUAAUAUAGCUGUAAUUCUGCAGUUCUUUCAUGUCAGUUGAUUCUGAAACUAAUGCACAAAAGUACUGCUAUUGUAAGUUGUUCUGUGAGAUGGUUAUCUAAGCUCUGUCAUUCACACAGCAAUUCUAGUUUGAAGUCUAAGUUGUUAACUUCAAAAACAUGUAAGUGUGUUUGUGUGACAGUUUAUCUUUAUGGAUGGUCCCUAAAGUCAACUCUUAAAGUACGACCUUUCACUGACAGUCAGUUCACAGACUGUAGAAAUCUUUACCAAAACAAUAUUGAUGCCAUUUCGUAAAAAGAUAAUCAAUGUCAAAUUUAACAACUUUCAACUUACAUAUACAAACAUUGCAAAUAUUGAAUCCAUUGUACAUUUCAUAUACUAAGGAAUAUUUCUCAUGAAAUGUAAACAGCAUGAUUGUGUACAAAACUAAGAUAAAGAUCAUUGUCGACAUACAAACCAAAUAAACAUCC